AUGUCCAGCGUCACCACAGGCAGAAAAGCCUGGGAAUCGUACUACCACUUUUUCCCCUUCUACAUGCUCACGGGCAGAGAGCUGUUGUUGUUGCACCUUUUCGUCAUUCUGUUUUUCCUGUUCAUCGGCUGGGGCGUCUACCUGUGUUUGCCCGCCUAUGUGCCGUUUGUGCUUUCGAGAGGGAAGUACUAUUUGACGGGCUCCCAGGAGGCGCUCGGCAAUUUUGUGUUGAAGAUGAAGGGAGAUAUGAAAACGGGGUCUUUAGGGCCCGGGGAUUCGGAAAAUCCGGUUGGUUUUGCGUCAAACGGCGGGGAUGACGGUAUUGUUGAUGGUGUUGGUGAGAAGCGCUUGACCAAAGAGGGUCCACGUUUGAAGCGGACACAGGGCGUCUUGAGGCGUGGAAAUGGAGAUUUACGUGGAUUGGGAGGUGAAGAAUCUAGUGGAAGUACUGGAAAUGGCUUACCGGCGCUGGACGCGUCAGAAAGUGGAAGUCUACGAAACCACAACAGUGAGGACACGAAUGGUGAAAACGACGUGGAAAAGUCGCCUCCUCUAUUCUGUGAAUCCACUUCGCCAAAAGCGUCCAAAUCACUUUCCCUCUCCGGCCAGCAUCGCCGCCUAAACGCACCAAAAACCGGAACCGUCCUCAAAAGACUCAAACUAGACAUCAACAGAACAGCCAGCCAAGCCACCCAACCGUCCUCCUCCACAAAACUCUCCUGCCAGUGGCGGAAAAGAUCAAACAAAAAGAACAAGUCCUGGGAAGGCGACGGGUUUCUCUAUGUGCUGGAUUCUGGUGUCGUUCUCAAAGCUGAUACUAAGGGAAACGGCACGCUACGAGUUCUAGGGCGAUCUUCCAAUUCGAACACCAGUGGUCUUCUCGUUCUAGGGCAAUUUGAAGCGGAGGUGGACGAAGAAGGCGAAACAAGGCAUAUUUCAGUCAACCAGCCUGAACCACAGGCGGUUCCUGCUCCCACGAGCUUCAAAUCGCCAUUUCACGCAAGGGAGCCGAAAUCUAUAGCUCCUGAAGCAUUUUGUCUUCACGAUAAGGUCACUGUGGAUCCAACACUUACCAGGUUUCUCAGGCCUCAUCAGCGAGAAGGUGUGCAAUUCAUAUACGAUGGACUUUUAGGGCGCCGUGUGGAAGGCCAGCGGGGUGUUCUUCUAGCGGACGAAAUGGGUCUUGGAAAAACACUCAUGACCAUCACCGUCUUAUGGACGCUUCUAAAGCAAAGCUCCAUGGGCAAAAGCCAAGACGCACUGAAGGUGCUCGUUUGUUGCCCUGUUUCUCUCAUUGACAACUGGCGCAAAGAGUUUACAAAAUGGCUCGACAAGAACCGCAUAGGUGUGCUUGCAUUGAAUGGCAAGAACCAGCUGCCCGCCAAGGACAAACAGGAUAUCAACGGUUUUGCCAAAACCAACGUCUACCAAGUUCUCAUCAUGGGCUACGAGAAGCUGCUUCUGUGUGCCAAAGAAUUGGGUGCUGUUGAUUUUGACGUGAUUGUAUGUGACGAAGGUCAUAGACUCAAGAACAACAGCAGCAAGGUUAUGAAACUAUUGGACGGCCUCGGCGUGGAAAUGCGGUUGGUGCUCACGGGAACUCCGAUCCAAAACGACUUGAAUGAGUUCUACACCAUCGCCAACUUCAUAAAUCCUGGCAUUUUGGGAUCGCUGGCAGACUUUCAGAAACGCUUUGCCAGACCAAUUCUACGAGCUCGUGAUGUCAACUGCCUGAGCAGGAAUAUCAUCAAGGAAGGACGGAAGGUGUCCAAUGAGUUGAUCGAAAUCACAAAAAGCUUUACCCUUCGAAGAACGCAAAAUGUCAUCAGCUCGUUCUUGACCAGGAAAACAGACGUCUUGCUUUUUUGUCCGCCUACAAAGCUUCAAAAGUCUCUCUUUAAGCUUGUGCUCGGCUCGUCUAACUUCAACAAGAUCAUCAAUUCUGACCCCAGAGACGUUCUUGCAUUGAUUAUGGUGUACCGAAAGAUUUGCAACUCUCCGUCAUUGUUGGCGAAGGAUUCCUUCUUCAGUACACUUCUAGGCACAGAGGCCCGGAAACAGCUUGAUCCAGCCUCCCUCACCACACGAACAACAGGCAGUAAAAUUAAUGUUCUUGUUCCCCUCCUUCUUGAGUUUAAGAAACUCGACGAAAAGACUGUUCUUGUGUCAAACUUCACCCAAACUUUGGACUUCCUAGCGACGGUUCUUCUGAAACUCAAUAUUCAGUUCGUCAGGCUUGACGGCUCAAGUGCUAGUAAUACCCGUGAUAAGCUUGUCAGUGAUUUCCAUAAAGCGGAAGGGUUCACCGUCUUCCUCCUACUGGCCAAGGCUGGCGGUGUGGGGUUGAAUCUUGUCGGUGCAUCUAGACUAGUGCUUUUCGAUAAUGAUUGGAACCCUUCGGUGGAUCUUCAAGCAAUGGCGAGAAUUCACAGAGACGGACAAAAGAAGCCCGUGUACAUCUACAGACUAUUCACCACCGGCUGUAUUGAUGAGAAGAUUUUCCAGAGACAGCUCAUGAAGGGCACGCUUAGUGACAUGUUUCUCGAUGACAAGUCUGAAUCGUCGCUGAAUAUCUUUGACUUUGAAGAUCUCAAGGACCUAUUCAAUGUCGCCGAUACCAACUGCAACACCCACGACUUGAUUGAAUGCCCAUGUUCAGGCGAGGGAGAGAGUCUCGAAUCGUCCCAAAAGCAGGAUACACAAGACGACACUGAUGAAGACGACGAAUUGCCGUCUCUGGGCUGGAUGAGCGCUCUGGAUCUACACAAAAUGGCUCCAGAUAACAAUGCAAAAAAGCAGUCCAUCAGAUUGGCAUUAUCCCACUACAAGCAUUUUGACCCUACUGAGUGUGACUCCGGUGUGGAUGUCCUGGACGAGGUUGUCAACAAGUUGCUACAGAAACUCAAGGAGGAGCGUCUAUUAACGUACGUCUUGACACACGUCACCCAAGGAUACUCAUAG